CUUUAACAAGAUGUGAAUUUGUUACGGUUAUGAAAGUUUAUCAAUUAUUUUCAGUAUUAUCAUCAGAUAUUAAAGUAAUCAAUUAACCAAAUGACAUAGGAAUGAAGACAACUGGAAUAGAUUGUGGAAAUAAAACAGAUCAAAUCAGUGAUUGGAAUUUAGAAUCAAGUUUAAAUAGUGUAGUCUCACGUGUACCAGGUUCCUUCUGGUGGUUUGAUACAUCGUCGAUAGAAUCUGAUGGAAUAAUCAAAAGAUAUUAUUGGCUUCGAAUUCCUGCCCAUGAACUCUCUUCCAAUUUUCAUCAAAAACAUAAUGUUACUGAUCCUAUAAACAUUCAUUCAACUCGGUUAUUGGCUAGACUAUUACUACUUCAUUAUAAUGAAUCAAUAAAUAUUUCAGGUGUUCAACUUACUCCACAAAAUCCGAAUCAGAUCAUAUGUAUUGAUUGUUAUGUACCCCAGAAUGGAGGACAUUGGAAAGUAAUAUGGAGUGAUUUAAGACGAAACCUUGAAUUAUCCAUUGCAUCAGAUAGGGAACAUUGUGAUGUAUCGAAAAAAUUGAUAUCAGGAAUGCCAGUACAGCUAGGGCCCGGUUUACGACUUAUCGGUUGGGCAUCCGGUCACUCAUAUUCGUCCAAAUCUUGUGAUGAUACAUUACCAGGCUGUGAGACGCACAGCUGGUGCUUUGUAAUGCCUAUAAAUAUAGAUCAUUUGUAUAACGUGACUGUACUGUUAUUAAUACCAGAAAUCAAGGAUGUAAAAAUUAACACGCCUACGCAUCCCUUUCAAUCGACAGGAUUGGGUGGAAGUAUUAAUGAUAUAAACCUAUUAAACACCGACAAAUGUCAACCUUUCACAACAAAACAAUCCAAACUUACACAAAUUAGAGAGUCACAAUUCAGAAAAAAUUCAGACUUAUACAACAACAAUAGUAAUUUUUCUUUUACAUCAAGUCUUUUGGGAUUCGGAUCUAAAUUGGCUAUUAUCACGCAGCCGGAUAAUUAUCAAGGGAAAUUAGAUAUGAGUUCCAUUAGUGUCGAUUCAAUCUGUUCCCUUGAUGCAUUAGAUUAUCGUUGUCGUGUUGGUGAUAAACGAAAAUUCUGUCAAUACACAUACAUUAAAACACAAAGUGGUACCCCAGCCUAUAAAAAUGGAGCUUUUAUCGGUCAGCUAAAAAAUGAGCGUCAAGAAACAAAUCUAGAAUAUGACAAUCAAAAUAAAUUAUUUAAUGAUCAACCAUUCAUUCUAGAUCACAUCAAAGAAAUGAACUUAGAAGGAACACAUUUUGUAUCAUGCAUGAAACAUAAUGUAACCAUAAACUGUGACUCUUCAGUAGUAUCCAAGGCUAAAAAUGAAAAUGGAUUUAAUUCAAAAUGUUAUGCUGAAAUAUAUCCACUUGAAGAAUUGGAAGUUGUAUGCUCAAAACAAACUAUUUCUCCUUUUUAUUUAACUAAAUGUCAAAAAUCUCAAAGUAUAUCAAAUGUAAAUCAUAAUCAAAGUGGUUCAGAUCAAUCAGCAUUGUAUACAACGAAUUCAGAUUUAGCAAUCAGUAUAAGUGAAACAGAUCAAUUCAAUAGUCAAUCAUUAUUAAUUGAUGUUAAACAACAAACAAUGUCAAAAACAUUCACAACUUAUUCUAUAUUUUCAAAUCCAACUGAAGAAUAUGAAAAUCGAACAAAUUUAUUAAAUAAACUACUUGGAGAAUUAAAUUUAUUAUCACAAAUCAUUUUAAAUUUAGAUAGUAAUAAUAAUUAUUAUAAUGAGUCAUUAUGUAAUUAUGAUAUUCAUGAAUUAUGCAAAUGUAUCUUACAAGAUUUAACUGAAUUACAUAAUGAUGAAGAAGAUGAAGAAGAUAUUUGUGAUCAUGAAUUCAUGUUACCAUCAUCCCGAUUGCCAACAACACAGCAUAAAGAGCAAAUAAAUAUGAUUUCAACGAUGGAUACUGAUGCUAACAAUAUGACUAGUAAACAGAAUACUAAUGAUCUAUCAGCUAUAUGCGUUCCUUUACCAGAUACUUGUCGAGUAAAACCACCUGUUCCAUUGUUGGUUUUCUAUUUUGAAAUUUUAUCAGAGCUUAUGGAGUUGAAAGAUUAUGAAAGUAAAUGUUCAGAAGAUGAUCAAAACGAUUUAUCUAGUCUAAUGGAUAUUUCAGCUGGAAUUUUGCGUCUUUUAGAUGUAGAUACUACUAAUAGUAAGAAUGAAAGUAAAAAAUAUCAUCAAGACAGUACAGUGAAUCUUUCAACUUAUAAAAACUGUGAUGUUGCUUUGCAUACUUUAAUACAAUUACAAGAUGCUUGGAUAGCAGCCCCAGUACUAAUCGAAAUGUUGAAUACACUAAAUAUUAAUGAAUCAAAUGAUGAUACAAUAAAUAAUUCUAAAGAAUUUUAUGAAACAAUCCAACUUUAUUUAACACGUAUUCAAUCUGCAUUGAAUGUACAAAGGCAUGAAUUAAAAACACUAAUAUCAAAUGAUUUAUGCUUAAUUCUAGACAAACCUGUAAUAUCAUUUUCAAAAGAAAAUACAGUUGAAAAUUUUGAAUAUUUGUGUGGACUUGUAGUCGACAGUUCACUUACUGAUGAAUUGGAGUCAGAAAAACAAUUAUUUCUUUCAAUUCAAUGUAACUCGAAUGAAUUGUUUGAAAAAAUUCUUCAAUCGUUAGAACAACUUCCCCUUCCUCUGGUUGGUUUAUGGAAACAAAGGAAAAAGUUAUGUACUUCCAACUAUUCCAGUAGAAAUGAGAAACAAGAUGAAGUAGAUAACAAUAAGAAAUCAUUCUUGGGUAUAACCGAUGGUGAUAAUAAUGAUGAUGAUGAUAAUGAUCACAAAUGGGAACAAUUUUAUGGAUUCAAUAAAUUAUAUUUAAAAUGUCUCACAACAUAUUUAAAUGAAGUGAAAUGUUUCGUUACUACGGUCAGUGAUGCAACACCGUCACAAUCACAGUCAAUUACAAUAGUAAAAAACGACAGUGUUCAUACUAAUUCUAUUAGUCAGUCUUUUAAUUAUCCUACCAUGCAUUUAUCACUGUUGAAUAAUUGUAAUUUAUUGAACACUAGCUGGCAACAAGAACAAAUAAAUAACAUUGAUAAAGAACGUGAAAUUUUACAGGAAAAUUUCAAUGAACUGAGGGUUCUAGCCGAUUUUCUUCACGUCUUAUCAUCAUCAUCUUCAUCGUCCCUAUCAUCUAGUCAUUCUUCUGUAAUAAAGACAUUUAAACAACAAAAAAUCUGGGAAGAAUUAAUCAAUGAAAUGAGAUCCACUUCAUCACGUGCAUUUGAACAGUAUACUUGUCUUGGGUUUUUAAAACAGAUUAUACGUAGACCCGGUGGAUUAUGGGAUUCGUCUAAUUCUUUAAUAGAACUAUUCAAUCAGUUAGAAAAUGCUUCUCAAUCACAUAGUUGGACAGAAUUGGAAUUGUAUAAUUUUGAACUUUCUAUUCGUCAUUUAAGUCAUCAAAUUUGGAUUGAAUUAACUGCAAUUGAUAAUUUAUCAAAUGAAUACUUUAAUAAAACUGAAAAUAUUGGUAUAACUGAUUGGUUGGAAGCAUGGAUUUAUCGUUUACAAGAGAUAUAUCGGCUAGUGAUUAAUCAAUGGACUGAGAAAAUGCAUCAAUACCGUAACAAUGUACAAAUUCAUACAAUUAAUGAUUGGUGUGAUUAUGUUUCAAAUUGUAUUGGUGAAUGUAAAGUGUUACAUAAUCUAAUUCCUAAUUCGGGAUCUUCACCUUCUCAGAAUAACCAACAAUCAAAAAAAUACCAAUUUUUAGACAAAGAAUUUCAUUUUGCUAUACUUUGGUCUUUAUUAUGUGAUGCAGAUAUAAUUCAAGAGAAGUGUAAUGUCCAACUAGAAACAUCAUCCUCUUUGACUAGUAAACAAUUCACUCAAACAUUACAAGAAUUGAAACGAUAUUUAAACAUAUACAUUGAAAAGUUUAUUGUGUCAUCCAUGGAUAAUGCCAAGUCUACGCUACAUGAUUCUAAUCAUAACCUAAUUACACUACUUUUAAAACAAUUGGAAUACAGUUUACACUAUAUUCCUGAUCACUAUCGUGUAUUUUCCUUAGAAUUAAUUGAUAACACAUUUAACAUUUCACAUCAAUCUGAUCAAUUACGUGUCAUGUUACAACAGUUAAAGCAUUUACGUAAUUUAUGCGAACGUAAUUAUCUACUAUGUAACCAAUCCUUAAGUCUUUUGCAUAAAAUAAGCUUUUCUAAUUUAAACCAAUAUGAAUCGAAUGCUGUGAAAGAUAUGCUUCGAUUGUUAACUACAUGGAGUUAUGGUUAUUUUGUUAUUCAUCAAUCGUUAGAACGGGUUAUUCGUGCUGGAGGUGUUACUGAAUCUGAAAGAUAUCCAUUGAGAGCAUUAAUAACAACUGAAUUACGUUCAGAAGCAACUCAAAUGUUAAAACAGAAACAAGCAUUUAUAGAAGCAGUACAUUUUGGUUUAGAAACAAUUACAUUACAAACAAAAUCAUUAUCUAAUAAAUUACAUGAAUAUGAUUCAAAUUCAAAAUUGGCAAACAUUAAAAUUCAAUGUGAAAAUUUAUUUGAACAAUUAAAACAUCUUUAUUAUAAAAUAUUAGAAGAUGAUAGAUUGAAAAUAACGAAUAGAGCUGAAAUACCUGAUCAUGAUUUAAAUUGUAUAGUGAUAGCUCGAAAAAAUCAAUUAAUGGAAUUGAUGGAAUUCUGUCGAAAAAUAGAUCAAAUUAAUUGGAUUAAUUCUUGGGAAGGUUUAUUAGAAUAUACUAAUGAAUUAACUAGUGAACGAGGAUAUUCUAAACUAUGGAUUAUAUAUUUUCUUCAACAAUUUCAAGUAUUCUCAUCAAAAAUUAAUUUAGAUGAAAUAUUUUUAUGUCAAAUAAAUCAAAUGGAAGAGAUUAUACAUGAUUGGUCAGACUGGCUCAAGAAGUAUAUUUGGCCAUUACCAUUUCCUUAUCCAAAGAAUUAUUCAUGGACUCCAAUUAUAAUGUCUAUUCAUCCUUCUAUAAAUAUGAAAUCUCGUCAUAUUGAAUAUGAAAAAUCACUUAAAAUGGACUGUCAAAAUGCAGCAUUAAAAUUUAGUCAUAAAUUUAUGAAUUUAUCAAAUUUCUAUUAUAAUCAUAUUAAAAAUAAAUCUUUAAUUAAGAAUAAAGAAAUUGAUGAAAAUUACAAUGGGAUUUAUAAUAAUUUACAAGAGAAUAAAUUGGACUAUUCUGUGGAAUUAUUAGAUGUGAAUUAUCCAAAUGAAUUUUUACAAGAAAUUCAUCAUCUAUACAAAUUAACAUUAUCAUCAGCAUCAUCACCACUGUCAUCAUCAUCAGCAGCAUCACUGUCAUCAUCAUCAAAUGGAAUAUCAUCAACAUUUAUUAGAUCUACAUUUACAAAUGAACAAGUGAUUUGUCAAUGUGAUAUUUUACAAUCUACAAUUAUUAAUCGUCUACUUGAAAUUCAAUCUUGUCUCGUGUAUGGUAAUCAACUUACUUUGAUGAUGAUUGAACAAAUAAUGUUUGAUUUAUUCGAGAUACAAUUACCUAAUCAAAGUAUUCUAGAAGGUGAUUCAAAAUCUCAUAAAUUAUGGAUGAAUAUUUAUUCUGAUUGUAUGAAAUAUUUACGAAAUGGUUUUACAAAAUCUUUAUGUGCUUUACUUACAAGUGAUUCAAAAUCAAAUGCACUUAAUAAUUUACAAUUUGUCAAUGAAUUCGAUAUUCCAGGCAGCCAAAGUUUCAGUAAACGUUGGCAAAAGAAACUACAAAUAGACAAGUUAGAACAAAAUACAUCAGAAUCAGAGAAACAAUUUCCAUUCUUUAUACACUUGAUUAUUUUAUACAAUUUAUAUGAUACAUGGCAGAGUAUUGUCAAGAUUGCCGGAACAAUUAUAACUUCUAAAGAAUCCACUGUAUAUAAUCCUGUACUUUUACAAUGGAUAUUAACUACACGUCCUAAAUUUGUUGAAGCUAUCCUUACUUAUCCAAUAAUUCAAUUAUCACAUAAUUAUCAAUGUAGUCAGUGUUUAUGUAAAUCAAUACUUGAUACCUUCUUAUCUAUCGAUGAAGUCCAAUUGAAUAAUUUAUUUAGAGAGUUUUCAAGUCAAUACGGUUGUAUUGAUUAUUUACUUUUAGAGUCUGUGCAUAAUCUAAAUGAUCGGAUCACAUUGUGUAUACAGAAAAUUGAUGCCUAUCAUUUACAGUUGAGAAAUAUCGCGAAAUUGAAGCUUCCUAAUGGUCAAGAUACAGGACUCACCAAUAAUCUAUUGAAAAAUUUUGAUCAUGUGAAUUUGGCUGAUUCAAAUACUUUAACUUUACGUCAUGCUUUAUCUCAUUGGAGUGGAGUUCUCAUUAAGAAACUUGCCAAUGGUCAUAAUUUUAAACGACGUUUAACUUAUUGCUCAGAGAAACUACACUCUUUACUGCUUAAUCUAAAAUCUGCUAAAGCAAUGGAAACAGACGAUUAUGUAGAGAUUGAGAAACGUUUAUUUCAUUUACAAGUAAUCAUGGAUCAACUUAAUAAAUUAUUAAAUGAUCUACAAACCAUUCCAUUUCAAGCAUCCAUUAAUUAUUCAAUAGAUUUUAUUCAUCUUAUCAAUCAACUAUUAAUAAUACGGCAACAAAAUCUAGUUCAACAUAUUUUAACCAAACGUUUAAACUAUUAUUUAUCAAAAUUACAUAAUGAUUCAACAAUUUGUCGGCGUCUUUUACAUUUAUGUCAACUUGGUACAACAGAUUGUAAACAAAUUAUUGAAGAGUUAAUUUGUAUAUUAAAUUUUACAGGAUUACCAAAUUCAUCUAAUAUUGAUGAUAAUGAUAAUGAUAAAUCUAAAGAUUUUCAAUAUAUAGAGAAACCACUUUUUAGAAUGCAUGUCAAAUCACCAGGACCGGGUGGUUUUGAACAGUUAUUUUGUAAACUUUCUAUGGUUGAUAAAUAUUGUACUGAAGCUCAAGGAUAUCUUCGUCAAUCAGAUUCAUUAUUCCCUUUAAAAUCUAUAUCAUCUUACAAUGAUAAUAAACAAAUGAUUGAUUCUGAAGGAUCAGAAAAUUUUCUUAAUGAAUUAACUAAUGAACUUGUUACGUGUAUAUUAUCGACUUCAGUAGUGAAAAGAAAAAUUAAAUGUUUAAUUGAAAAGUCCGAAAAAUUAAGAAAUGUACUAUCCGCAUUUGAAGAUAAUGCAAAUGAAAUGAAUGCCUUUCGAGAUCAAUUAUGUAUAGCUGUACCACAAUUAACAGGAUAUCAUUUAUCUAAUUUAAUAAAAGCUGUAGAUCAUUUGGAAAUAUUAGCUAGUAGAAAUUUAAAUGAAUCAUAUUGUCCAACUGAUCCUGUUGAAAAAAGACAUCCAGAGUUAGGUGGAUAUUUAAAGCAUGCUGGUCAACGUUUAAUGGAAUUGGAAACUUGUUUAGAACAUAGUCGUGAAGCUGCCAGUAUUCUUAUCUAUUUUGAAUAUGAAUCUCAAUUUUGGUCGACAUCACUAACAUCAUUAACAAGUAAAAAUAACUCCAAUCAUGAAGCUUUACAUAAACGUGGUCUUCUUUUACAGUCUAAAUUUAAAAAUUCUCCAAUAGCUAUUAAACUUCACACAGCAUGGGUGAAAUUAACACAAUUAGGUGACCGUCUUGGCCGAAUACAAGCUGGGUUACCUGUUCGUCCAUCUGAGACAAAUGGAGUAGAGCAUUGGCAUCAUUUAACUCCAACACAAACUCAAUCACAUCUUUCAACUGAACUCCGAACAAAAUUAAUGAAAAGUGAAACGAAAAGAAUUUCUAAAUGCAAAAAAGAUGAUUCGGACGUAUUAACAACAGAAUUUCCUUACGUUAGUGCUGAUAUGUUACGUCGCAAACAAACUAAUCUAAGAGAUGCAUUAGGAUCACAUAUGUGCGUUCAUCCUGAUUGCAAAAUUUCAACAGGGGAAUGCUUAUCACCUCAUACUCAACACAAUGAAAGUCAGUUAAACAUUCAGAAUAAAAUUGAGUGGAUAUUCAAGAAGUUGAUAAACCUACAUACUUAUCUACAAAAUGAUUACAAUGAAGCCCUUAAUCGUGAAGAGUUUCAACGACAAAGUGAUUCAAUUUCAAAGUCUGAAUUAUGCGAUAUGGUUAAGUAUGCACGUCGGUUACGCUGGCAUAAGUCAAAUAGUUUGCAGUCAGAGUAUCAAGAACUGAGAAAUCUUAUUAACGAUUUAGUAAAAUCUAAAUAUCCUAAGAUUGCCAUUAUUCAAGAAUAUUUUCAGUCCUUAGAAGAGUUAUGGUUUGGUGUGGAGAAAUCCCAAGAAAAUUUAAAUAGCUGUACAGACGAGGCUAGGUCGUAUUCAAGAUUAUCGAUUCCACAAAAUAAACCUGAACAAUUUUCAAUCAAAUCUAUCAAUUCAGAGAUACAAGGUAAUAAUAUUCAUUCGAAACAGUAUAUCCGUACUGAUGCUUCCUCUCAUCAUCAAUCUAUGUCUUCACACUCUACAACUUUAACGAGUAUUCCAAACAGUUAUAAUUCUAUGUCACAAGGCUAUACAACUCCUCUUAUUCAAGACAUGAACGAUAAACCUUCAAAUAAUGAUCGACACUUAGUUGAAAAACAAACGAAUAAUUCAUAUGAUGAUGAAUGCUGUGAUUGGACAUGGCGUGAAAUGACAACACAUGGAUUAGACCCACAACCACUUGUGUUUCCCUCCUCUGCAAAUGCAAAUCCGAGCUAUGAAAGUGUAAAUCGAAUAAAAACAUAUGAUCCUACUAAUACAGUUGAUUUACAAUUAAAAAAUGAAACUGAUAAAUUUUCUGAUGAUUUUAUUAAUAGAAUGAUUAGUGAAUUAUCUUCAACUACUUCGUCAUUUCAAAAGAUUUCAUCGAAUAUAAAUGGAAAUAGUUCAGAAAUUUUAUCUAUUGAAGAAAAGAAUACCUUAUCUGUAGACAACAAAACCCCUUCGAAUAUACACAAUCAUGAAAUAAAACUUCUACCAAACAAUAAUUCAGAUAGUAGUAAUCAAUUACCGGAAGUUAUUUCUCCUAAUUUCAAUCAUAGAAAUUCGGUUUUACAAUUUAAUAAACUUUCUAUCGAAGUCCCAUUAUUAUCAAACAAUGUCGAAAGAGAUUUUGAAAUUAAAUCUCACCCUCUGGAAAUUCAUUCUCAUAGUGAACUAACAAACUCGAUGACUGAUGAUACUCAUAAAAACUCAUGUACAUCUACUUUAACUAUGAAUUCAAAGCUUGAAUAUAAUGUACCGAAUAGGUUAGAAGCUUCUUAUAAACCUGAUAAAUUAGUGCCUUCAAAUAAUCAAAUAUCAUAUUCGAUCAUUGAUUAUGUUAAAUUAAAACCAAUAAAUAUCUGUGUUGAUGACAAAACAUCAAAAGGACUAAUUCCUAACAAUAAUAAUAAUCAAGUUCUUUUGAAUACUCAAGCUGGAGAUUCAUUAAUUGAAAAUACUAGUAAUGAAAAAAACGAAGACGUAAUCAAUAGAUUCUCACCUAAUACAACAUUGGAUUCAAAUCCAAGAUAUGAAUCUACUAGAAAUAAUUCUACUUUAUCGAAUAGACAAUUACAAACUUCUUUAUCAAAUAUAACUUCAACUACAAUAUCUAACAUUGAUAAACAGUCAGAAUUUCAUGAUGUUAACGUUAAUGGUUCAAUUUUCUCAACUUCAGUCAAAACAACAACAGCGACAACAAUUAGCAUUAAUUUAACUGAGCAUAAAUUGAAAUCUGACCAAAAGGAGAUUAAUACAGAGACAAUGGAAAGUUGUCUACCAACUUCAUUAUACAGAACAGAUCAAUCAUCGGAAUCUUUAUUCUCUAUACCACAAACAUCGUCAAUACCAAAUUGUCUUCAUCCUACUUUUUCUACUGUGAAAAAUCUCAAUAUGAGAAAAACAUUUAACGAAAUCUACCAGUGUCGUCAUCUUGGUUCAUCUUCCAGUUUUCAUGAAGGUAACAAUGUUAUUGAUAGUAACAAUAAUAUCAACUCAAUGUGUGGUUUAUGCGAUCACAUGAGUAAUUUACAUACACUUAUUUCUAAUCUACAAUCACAUUUAUUAUCGAAUCGACAAAAUCGACUAUCCAAUCUGUUACCUAUCGAUGUACAAUCAUUCACAUUAACAUCAUCAUCAAUUUCAUCUUUAUCCACCUAUUGGUCACCUAUAAUUAAAGAAUAUUUAUCAAUUCUAUGUGAAAUUAAAUCAGAACUUGAUUCAUUCCAGCCAUUAGUUUCUAUUACGGUAUAUAAAACUAUUUAUUUACCAGUAUAUAAAUCAAUGAUUGAUUUGCUAAAUUUAUGGAAUUGUAGAUUACAUGAUUUUCUAUGUCUACGUUCAUCAAACUCCUCUAAAUCCGGUGUUGAUAUAUCACAAACACGUUGGCUUACACUAUUUAUCAGCCUUAUACAACACAAUGAAAUUCAAGUGGAGCAUUUGAAAUCAUUAUUCACAGGUUUACUGCAUGAUAUUGAAAAUGAAGAUAAUGAGUCAAUGAAAAGUGAUUUAAAUAUUGAUAAUAAUGAUGAUAAGAGUUUCUAUUUAUCACGAACAAUCCAAGAUGAAGAUAAUUCAUCCUAUAUUCGAAGAGAUUCAAAUGUAAGGUUGAAUAAAUCAUCUAGAAAUGAAUAUUUAAAUGACCUGAAGACUAGAUUAUUUUCGUGUGAUUUUGAUGAUCAACAUACUGUGCAACUGUCACUACAGCAACCGGCAUCAUUAAAGCCACUGAUUACUUUUCCAAAUGAAAAAAUGAAUCAUUCAUUCCAGACUCAAAUAACGAAAAUAGACAGUGUGCAUAAACCAUCCACUGUUGUUACUACGACUAGCAUCCAUGAAAAAACAUAUAAAGAUAAAGAACAAACAGAUGGACAAUUAAGUAAUUUCGAUCAAAUGUCAUUUGAACAAUAUUUGUGUAAUUUGCCUCAGAAUAUUACAGGUAAAGUAGUUAGUAGUAUAAGUUCAACUGAUAAAACGUUUACUCAGGAAACUACUCGUACGACGAAAGUUUCUGAAUUUAAAGAAGAUAUUCCUCCAACUAAUCAAAUAACAACACGAAAAGAUAGAAUUAAGAAGACUAGAAAACGUAAGUUAGGAGAUGAAGAGUUUUCGGAGAAGUAUGAUAAUGGUGAUGUCAAUCGUAAAGACACUUGCAAUAAUAAUAUUGUGAAUAACAAACCCUGUGCUUUAACAUACUUACCGAGAAUGAUAGAUAACACACUUUUAGGUGAUCAAAUGUUAAAAAACGAUAUAGAUAUUGAUGGAGUCAACCAUUCUGAUGAGCAACUAAACCUAUCACUAUAUUCUAGUUCUUCAGUUCCAAACAGAACAAGGUCGUGUAAUGCUAGUCAGAUUCUCGUACAAGAAUCUGAUGAAGUAAAAAAUUAUGUAAUUCAAAACAAUAAAGUAAUGCUGAGUAAUAACUUAUGCUGGUCUUCAAGCGAAGAUAAUCGGAUGACUAGUUUAGGCAAUGAAUCAACAGAAACAAAUGACCUGACUAACAUCAAUGAUACAGUGAAGCAUGGCGGUGAUCUGGAAGCAAUACUCAAAUCAGAUGAGAUGAUCAGUCACCCAAACAAAUCAGAUAACUCAUCACCAUGCGUUACUUUACAGUUAAAUAAUCCAAUAUCAGUAACAGACUCAAACGCAGUAACUAAUCAAUGUGACAGACAUUCUGUCGAUGGUAACUUGAAAAGUUCUCAUCAUAAUGAUAAGCAAAUGCCUAUACGUGUUGCUUUACCAGAUACAAGAUUGUUGAAAGAAAAUGAUAAAAGUUAUCCUCAUAUUACCUGCAAUACUUCAUUUAGUCCCGAAGAAACUCCACCUGUUGUCGAGGUGUGCACUGCAUUAAAAUCUGAACAAGAUGCACAAACAAAUAAAACAAACAAGCAAAUUUGUACGGAUAAUCCAACUAGCAUAAGUUUGGAAUCAGCGAAAUUAUUAGUUAAAAGUAACACAAAUCGAGAUCGGAAUAUUGAAACUAGUCAUUCUUCAAAAUUUACUGAAAACACAGAAAAUAACAAUGAUAAAGCGGAAAAUGAUAGUGAGGAAAUAAGUGAUAACAUAUCGAGAGACAAGCAUCAUUUUCCCCCUAUGGAUUUUGUUCAACACGAUAAAUCCAAUAAAGAUUAUGAAUGUCUAUCAUCGAGUGUCUCUAAAACGACCAAAGAUGGAAUUCGUUCAUAUCAGUUAAAAGAUGGCAUCCCAAUGUCCAAAGUUAAUCCACCACAGUCGGAUACAGAUGCGUUUGUGAAAACAACUAUCAAGAUUAUCAGUAAUAAUACUGAUAAUAGUGUGAGUUCACCAUCUUCACUCACAUCUAAUUUAAAUAAACCAAUAAACGAUCCGCAUAAAUUUACAACGGCUAACAAGAAGUUACGUAAAGCAAACCGGAAGGCUGCAAAUAAUCAUCGAAUUAAACGUGUAAUGACUGGCAACCUGAAAAAACCCACAGAAAUAAAUGGAUCCACCGAAGAUUUUCCAAUAAGUCAACCUGAGAGUUUCAAUAACAAACAAUCGAAUAUAUCUGUACAAUCUGAGCGGCGUUCCAAACUAGAUAAUGAUUCAACGUCACAUUCUCCAUCUACACAAGAAAUAUUGACUACAGAAAUCCCGACAACAAUAUCAUUAAAACCUGGUUUAUUUGAAAAAUAUCAAAUAAGGUCUGGCCAUAACAAAACUCAACCAGAUUAUACUGAUCAGAAUGAAUUCGAUACUUCUGAUCACCAACAUUGCAACUGUAGACCAAAUACUGAAAGUCUUUUAGUAUCUCCUACAUUGAUUGGUUGUACAAAUUUAUAUGAUCAAAAUACUGAGAGUUGUUUAACUACUCAUGAUCCAUCAGUCAUAUCGAUAGAAAAUGAGAAAAGAAAAACUGAUACUUCAGUCAGAUUGGAACUAACACACAAAAAUAAUGGUGAUUCAUAUUUAUUCAAAAAUAAACCUGAUACCAAGGAAAUUGAACAAUCUAAAUCCCCGUUAACUGAUACAUCAUAUCAAAUGGCAUAUUUGAAUAAUCCUCUCAUUGAUAUCAAACACCAUGUAUAUAAAAAAGGGAUACAAAUGAAAGAAUCGUCAGUAAACAAUCUGAUGAAUACUUCUAAUCAAUACAGUGAAAUUGAUUUAUUGAAAAACAAUUUUCUCAAUCAAUCAGAACAUGUUUAUCAUCAGAGUAAUGAUGAGAAUCUUGAUAAAAAUAUUUAUAAUCAUCAAUAUCAUGAUAAACAUAAUCGUCAACAUAAUCUUCCUGAGCACGCAAAACAUCCACAAGUAUAUAGAGUAGAAAAUGUUCAUGUUUUACGCAAAAUCCCCAUGAUGAAUCAGUAUAAUGAUCUGAAUAAGAAAUCAUCUGACUGUAAGAGAAUUAAUAACGAUAUUCAUGAUCAAGUAAACUUAUUACCUGAUAUAUUCAAUUCUGAAAGAUUGACAAGUGACUCAUUAAUCACUAAUAAAAACUGUUUAGAAUCUAGAGGAGAACAGCAAGCAAUGUCAAUAAAUAUGGCUCGUGAAACUGACUUACAUGGAAGCAAAAUUAUUACUGUAAAGAAUAAAUCACAGAGAAGAAGACGUUGUUGUCGAUCACUACCAUGUCUAUUAUUGUUAUUACCUCUUAUAUUUCUUUUAUUAUCAUUAUUUUGUAUAUUUAUUCUACCCGACUGUCCUUUAUUCCUAUCCUGGUUCAUGUGUAAUGAAAAACAUCCGAUUGGUGAAUGGAUUUACAGUCCAAUUGUAUUUCAUGAACAUAAUCCGCCAUUUUAA